ACUAAUAAAAGCAUAGUAGUAGAGAGAAGUUCUCUGGUGUCUUCCCUAUCUGCCACGAUGGAAGCCGUGGGGUCCAGACAGAGCCGCGCCUCCUCCCGCUACGCUUCCGGCCCCUCCCCGCCGGUCUUCACCGGCCGCGUCAGGAAGUGGAGGAAGCAGUGGGUCACCUCUCCCGCCGCCACCAUUUCCAAAUCCGGCAAGCGCAACGACGCCCCGCCUCUCCGCCUCUGCCGCUGGACCCCCCUCUCCGCCGCCGCCGAUGACCCGCCCAAGCGCCGCCAAUUCCGCUACGCUCCGAUUGUUCCGAUUGAAAAGGGGAAAAUGAAAAGUGUGGAGAAGGAGAAUGAUGUAGUAGUUGUCUCCAAGGAAGAACCACCUCAGGAAAUCAAUGAAGAUGAAGCAAACACUGCUGAGAUGUGAAGAACAAAGUGAGGAGGAUUAACAUUAACUAUGGUUUAGUAAGUAUUAGUAUUAGUAUGUAUUAGCUUUGUGUAUGUUAAGUAGGCAUGUUGUAUGUAAUGUAACUCAGCUGAAUCUCUUAAUCCUAUCCCUGUUUAUUAGUGUCACUAAUAACAUAGAGUAGUAGUAUUCAACUUGCUUGUUUUUAUUCUAUGUUGCACUAUAAUGUCAUGAUUUUGUAUUUGAUUUGAA